UUUAAAUGCCUUCGCUGUUUAAACGCAAGUACAAACUCCGGGCAAUCUGUUCGUCGGCCGCGCUGGGAAAAUUGUGCCCGGAAGUCUCUUGCUUCCUGGGCCAACUGCCCGAGUUUCUGACUGAGAGAAGCCUCCCGAGAAGCCGAAAGGAUCAAAAUGGGAUUCAUCUUUUCAAAGUCUGUCAGCGAAAACCUAAAGAAUCAGCAGGAGUUUAUGCUCAUGAAUUCUCGGCUUCAGCUAGAAAGGCAACUUCUGAUGCAAAAUCAAAUGCGUGAGAGGCAGAUGGCCUUGCAGAUUGCUUGGACACGGGAGUUUUUCAAGUAUUUUGGAUCAUUUUAUGGACUUGCAACUGUGGGUCUAACAAUUGGAGCAAUUAAAAAUAAGAAACCUCAACUCUUUCUUCCAAUUGUUCCUUUGAGUUUCAUACUUGCCUACCAGUAUGAUAUGGGGUAUGGAACAUUACUACAAAGAAUGACACGUGAAGCUGAGACCAUAAUCGACACAGAAUAUGCUGUGCUAGAAAUGCCAAAAGGACCCCUCACUUUUGAAGGUCUUGAAAAAGCCAGACGAGCACAAAGCAAAAUUUUUAUUGAGAAAUAAAGUAUAUGCAUUUAUAAUCACGUUGCUGACUUAAACUCUGACACAAGCGUGGCAUGCAGAGCCUUUUCCAAAACAUGAAAAGUUCAUUUUGUCCAGCAGGAAAGGAAUGUAAGGGGGCUACAGCCAGAUCCUCGUUUUCCAUUCCAAAAAAGAGAGAGGCAUAUUUUUAACCAUUUCAAUUAAGGGUAUGAACAGGCAGUUUCUAUGGAUAGAUCAUUGAAGCAAAUUGUUUACAGUACCCUAACCAAAUAAGGUGAAACUUUUUAAAAAGUAUUGUCUGUAUGUCACCUGCUUUAUUAAAUAAAAUGAUUUAAUACAAUACAAA